UUUUAAAGACAAAUGAAAAAUACUUGUUGUUAGAAACGGAGGAAGAGAGCGGUGGCUAGGGUUUGUGGUAGCUGGGGCAGUGAGGCGCAGUUGAAGUGAGAAUGCCGUCGCACAAGACGUUCAGAGUGAAGAAGAAGCUGGCCAAGAAGAUGAGGCAGAACAGGCCUAUCCCCUACUGGAUCCGCAUGAGGACUGAUAAUACCAUCAGAUACAACGCCAAGCGCCGCCACUGGCGUCGGACCAAGCUCGGAUUUUGAGGUGUUUCCCCCUAUUUUCCUCUUUCAUUAGAAUGUCCCUGAGCUCGGAUGACGUCUCCUGUUUUUGUGAUUUAAGAACCACUUUGUAAUGAACACACUGUACUCCAUUAAUGGGUCUCAACUCCUCUGACACAUUCAAGUAAUUUGAAUUCUUCUCGUAAAACAUUCUGAUUUCUAUUUGUGCGCCUGUCAUAACAACACGAUAUAUUCAGAUAGAUUCCCGGAUGCUUUUCGGACGAACUGCUUGAUAAACUUUUAGAAGAGAGUUUGGCGAAGAAUUUGUGUUGGUUGAACGCGGGGCUGGACCCGCACCAUUCAGGUUCGGUUUAUUCACCUCCUAAAUUCAUCUAUAUAUUCAUAAAAAUUAUCCAUCUUUUACUUGGUUGGAUUUGAUGGAUUACAUGUAUGUUGGUUUAUCCGGAA